AUGAAUCUUUACCAAGACGCAGCUGUGCUCUUCUCCCCCACCACCAUGAGGAGCAAGUAUUCGCUGUACUACAACAAGAGCCUGGUCCAGUACUACUAUGUCUACGCCAAGAACAUGACCAGAGUGUUCAUCAUGUGCUGGCUGCCAACGUUCACCAUCCUCCUGCUGGACUCCUCCUGCAGGAUACAGUUCUGUCCAAUCCUAAACAAAGCAGAGAUGUUUUUUGGCUUUGCCACUCUAAACUCAGCACUUAACCCCAUCAUCUACACUCUGCGCAGCAAAGACAUGAGGAAAGAAUUCCUGCGUGUGUUGUGCUGCUGGGGGGUGCUUCAAAGUGGACGUCCCGCUGACCGCUGCCUGGUCCCUCUGAAGAGCUCCAGCUCUCUGGAGCACUGCACCAAUAAACAUGAACACCAGACCACACCCAUCAUGCAGGACUGCACCACGUGUGUCUAA